CACCGCGAACGCGCCGAUACAUGAUGGACGGUGACGACGAUCAGUUUACUUCUGUGACGUGGGAAUCAGAUCCCAACGAUGGACCGACGUCGAGCAACAUGCCGGGCACGUCACUGCCGCGGACCUCGCAUCCUGCCACACCAAGCGCAGCUUCGGCAGGGCCUAGCGCAGACGCCAUCCUAGGUCGCGAUCCAAUCCAUCUGGCAUCAGCACGAAAGGGCCCUAGUGCCGCUGAGGAUGACACACGAGAUCCCAGAUGGGAAGGAUAUCUCUUGGUACAGGUCACUGAACCGAGAAAGGAGCUUGAGGGGACAAAGGAGAUGUUUGUUAGUUAUGGGAUCCGGGCAGAGACCAACCUCAUGCAUUUUCAAAGGACAAGACUCACCACAAGAAGACGUUUCCAAGACUUUGUCUUCCUGCGAGAGAAUCUUGCCAGGGACUUUCCCGCGUGUGUCGUGGCUCCUUUACCUGACAAGCAUCGGCUCGAAUACUUCACUGGCGAUCGAUUCAGCAACGAAUUCUUGGAGCGAAGAACACAAGACUUGCAGCUCUUUCUCGAGCGAGUGAGCCGACACCCGACGUUACAGAGGGCUCAGCUCCUUCGAAGCUUUCUAGAAUCCGCGGAAUGGCAAAUCGACAUGCACACGCAUAUCUCGCACACUUCGUCCGUCAACAACUCGGGCAAGGGUGACGAACAGGGAGGUGGGAUAUUGGACAGCCUCCAGGACACCCUCUUGAAUGCCUUCGCGAAAGUCCGCAAGCCAGACGAGCGCUUCGAAAGCAUGAGGGAACGUCUCGAGAGGCUCGAAGAGGGUCUCAGCAGCACCGAGCGCGUCGUCUUGCGGACACGGGCCAAGCAUGGAGCGCCAACCCCUCCUCGUGCCCCUCUUUCUUCUUCUUCUUCUUCUAAUUUGCCAUUUCCUCUGUCGUCUCAACGGCGAUCAUUCUCGCCUUUCGCUCGCUUUCGUAAUACCCCGGACGCGCCUGUACCACAACCGUCACCAUCGCACUACCGGUCCUUUUCCGAAUCGCACUCAUCUUUGCGGCGACCUCCUUCACCCAUCUCAACCAUUGUGGACACUCCCGUUUCGCCUGUGCUAUCGUCGCCGUUCUCUUCGCCGCAACUCUUUGCUCCCAAUCUGGCCCUCGAAUCGCAAGAUCUCGCCACCGACUACGAAGACCUUGCCUCGUCUAUCGAAGGACUGGGAUUCCUUGAGAGCGGCAUUACGGAGCCUCUCAAUCGAUUUGCGGCCACGAGCAUGGAGUGGGCGCGAUUGCAGCGAAAUAAUUCGACGCGGGCGACGGACGACAUGCUUUCGCACCUUCACGCCCUCUUGGCUUAUUCUGCAACUCAUCGAGGCGUGCUCAGGCUUCGAGAUCAAAAGCAGCUCGACUUUGAGGAGCUGACCGAUUACCUCAGCUCCGUGGUCACCGAGCGCGACCGGCUGGCGAGCUUAAGCAGCCCUUAUGGAGCUGGCCACGGUUUGGGCGGGGUGAGAGGAACGGGCAUCGGUGGAUACCUGCGGGAUCGAGUCGACAGCAUUCGAGGCAUCGAUGAAGAACGGACAAGAGUUGAACGGAUGGCGCGCCUUGAUGGUCGCAUCUCCGAGCUUCAAGAGGCCGUGACGACAUCGCACGACGUCAGCGUCGCCUUCUCCAACGAGGUUCAGCGCGAACACAAGAUCUUCAAUAUGGCAAAGGACCGCGAAAUGAAGGAUCUAACGAGCACCUACGUUGACGGCCAGAUUGAAAUGUACCAACGAGGCAUGGACGUCUGGGACCGCUUGAUCCCCCACCUCGAGAGAAUCAAGGUUGACUGA